CCUCAUCAACCCUUUUAAUCUCACACACCCUCUAUAAAUUCAUGCUCCAAACUUCAAACCAUUUCAAUCUCACACACCAACAUUCGCCUCACUCCUUCCAUCCACGCAUUCUCCAUCUGAAAGACAACGAGUUUUCUCAGGAGAGAGAUAUCGAGAUGUCGAUCUCGAGAGGGCCGUACGCUUAUUUGAAGAUGGAGAAGGAAGACCCGGAGGAGGUGAACCACAGGCGGGCUCGGUUCUUGAUCUACAAAGCGUUGGAGAGAGCGGACUACGAGUCUCAAACUAGGAGGCCAUCGUUCUUGCGGAUCAGGUUCUGCAGGCUCAAGAUGAGGGUCGGCAAGAGGUUGAAGAAGAUGAGGAUGGGCGUGCUGUGGACACUCUCUGUGUCCAGGGUUGGUGCUUACAAGCAGAAGAUCAUGAAGCAGAUGAAGGGAAGCUGCAUGCGCUUGUUCAGACUUGGAGAGAGCACCAAACCCAGCAUUCCACAUUUACUCAUAUGAAUCAAGUUUUCCAACUCUCUUCUUUUAUAUCUUCCCUUCUGUAUUUGGGAUUUACUGUUUGUGAGAAAUAUUACAGUCAUUAAUGUCAUUUGAAGA